AUGGAUGGAAGCUGGUCCCUGGUCCUGCUGGUCCUGCUGUCCGCCCAGUGGUCCUCCUCAGCAGCGUCCCUGCAGCCCUGCGACCUGCUGUAUGACGACGCCGUGCGCGCUUUCUCCAGCAGCGACUACGAGUCUGUGGUCCGACACAUGGAGGGGGCGCUCAGCAGCUACGCCGAGGUCCGGCGCUCCAAGGUCCGGUGCCGGCUGAGGUGUCAGGACCAGCAUCCGUUCGACGAGGCGUCCUCCUCCGACCUGAGCUUCUUCGACACGGUGCUGCGGAGGGCUGCGUGCAUGAACACGUGCAUCGAUGAGAAGCUGGGAGUCCAGUCUGCGCACAAAGUCAGCGAGGACGUGGUGCAGGACUUCACCAGGAGGAUCCCGUACAACUACCUCCAGCUGGCUUAUCAGAAGUUGAAGCAGCCUGAAAAGGCAGCCGCAGCAGCUCACACUUACUUCCAGGCCAAUCCGGAACAUGUAGAGAUGGGUCAGGACCUUGAACAAUACAAAGACCUGCAAGGCGUCAAGGAAAACCACUUUGUGGACCGAGAAGCCAGGCCCCACCAGCGUGCCUUUACAGAGGCUGUGAAGUUAUACGACAGAGGCGACUACGAAGGAGCUGUUUCUCUGUUCGAGGAAGCUUUGGUGGAGUACUAUAAAGCAGAUGUGGAGUGUCGGGCCUUGUGCCAAGGUCCACAGAAAUUUGAGGGCCAUGAUCACCUCCGCUACCGUUACAGCCUACAUGAACUCUUGUCAGAUCACUUCACUCAGGUGCUUCACUGUGAACACGAGUGCGUGAGAGACCUCGCCACUCGGCCAGGCCGCCUUUCUCCCAUGGAAAACUACCUGCCUCUGCACUACGACUACCUGCAGUUCGCAUAUUUUAAAGUCGACAGGCUGGAGGAGGCACUUGAAUCUGGGCUGACCUACCUUUUGUUUCACGAGGGAGAGGAGUUCAUGACAGACAACGUGGAGCACUAUAGGGAGUUGCUGGGACAUGAUGGCAAACACAGAGAGGAAGCUGCGAGGUAUCUGAGGAGACACAAACAGGAGCUGGAGCUCCUUCUGAUGGGCAGCAACAUAAUGGGGGUUGACUUCACUGAAGGGAGCUACUGGAGUAACACAGGUGGAAGGGAUGAUUCAAACAGGAUUCCUUCAGGCACUGACGGUUGGAUGGAGUAUGUUCCCAUCUCUGAGAAGAAAAACGCCUCUGCCGUUGUUCUGCAGCAGCUCAGAGAGGGUGGCCCUCUGAUAUACGACAGUGUGCAGCUGGUGCAGAACUCCGUGGCCCUGAACGGGAGCCAGAGGGUUCUCCUGGAUCAGGUUAUAUCUGAGGAGGAGUGCUCCGAGCUCAAAAACCUGGCACAUACUGUCUCUAUGGCAGGAGAUGGUUACAGAGGCAGGACGUCCCCACACACUCCCAAUGAGAAGUUUGAAGGAGCCACGGUACUCAAAACUCUGCAGUACGGCUACGAGGGCAGAGUGCCGAUGCAGAGCGCUCGCCUCUUCUACGACACCAGCGAGCGAGUGAGACGAAUCGUCGAGUCUUAUUUCAUGUUGAACUCGACUCUCCACUUCUCCUACACACACCUGGUGUGUCGGACGGCCAUCUCAGGCCAGCAGGAUCACAGGAAUGACCUGAGCCAUCCCAUCCAUGCUGACAACUGUCUGCUGGACCCCGACGCCUACGAGUGUUGGAAGGAGCCACCAGCUUACACCUACAGAGACUACAGUGCCCUGUUAUAUCUAAAUGGAGACUUUGAUGGAGGGGAGUUUAUAUUCACAGAAAUGGAUGCCAAAACGGUCACGGCGUCAGUGAAACCAAAGUGUGGCCGGCUGGUGGGUUUCUCAUCAGGUGGGGAGAAUCCUCACGGUGUGAAGGCCGUCACCAGUGGGCAGCGAUGUGCUGUGGCUCUGUGGUUCACCCUGGACCCACUCUACAGAGAACUGGAGAGACUGCAGGCAGAUGAGGUGAUCCAGGCUUUAGACACGCAAUCCGUUUGGGGUCAAGGCCUCAACAUCAACCCCAAAGAUGAGCUGUAAAUAAAAUCACCUCCGCCCGC